AUGUUUUCCCAGCCAACCAUUAUCCGCUUCGAAGAUCCUGACGCAUUUGGGGAACACCAUGACAAGGUCGUUGAGAUCCUUGAAGAAAAUGGCAUUCCGCAAGGUAGUUAUCCUGCUACCAAGACCUUUCCUCCGAUAUACAUCGUCCCUGAGGUUGAAUCCGAGGAUCACCCUAGCGUAUCUGGUCUGAGAGAGCUAGGGGGAGUUAUUGUUGAUAUUCAAACUGAUGAUGAUUAA